CAUCGCGUCAGACCGCCAUGUUGGCUGCAAAGAGAGCGGGGAAUCAUCCCGCGCAGAGUGUAUUCGUCUGACCUCUGACCCGGGCCGGCUGACCCGAACCCUCCUCGGUCGGUUCGUCCUCCGAAAACGUGUGCGCGCGGGACAAAGACAACAUGGCGGCCCUGAGCACGUUCUCUUCGCAGGUGGAGCUGAUCAUGGAGGUAGCCGUGGGGAGCGCUGUGCACGAGCUGGGAAGGGAGGGCGCGCGAGCGGAGCACGGCCAGGCUCACCUGUCCACCGUGCUGGGGGGCGUGGCCAGAGAGGCAGUCCGUAAAAUCUGCAGAGUCUUCAGGGAGCUGUAUGCGAGCGUAGAGGCGGAAAAUGAAGCUCUCAGGGCAGAACUGAGUCGCCUCGAAAACACACCCGGCGCUUCGAGGAUGGCCAAACCGUCGGUGAAGUUCAGCCCGGCAGAUGCACCCGCCCUGUCUCUGGAUGUCCAAUCAGCUGCUGCCACUGCUGCUGUGGCUGUGGUCAUCCUCAGCCCGCCGAUGCACGCACCAGUCACAGGCCAGAGCGAUCUGACCACACUGCAGAACGGCGCUGUGAGUGUUUUGGACAUGACGCACUUCUCUGCAGAUCCUCAGGUGUCACGUGAUAUGAUCCAGCCCGCAGAAGUGACAUCACUUCCUGACUGUGAGGAUCAGCCGGCCGCUGAGCUUCCAGGUGAUGAAACCCACGAAGAGCAGUGUGACGCUGCAGCAGAGACGAAGUCUGAACCUGCAGGACAGAAACACGAUGAUCAGCAGGUGCCCGGCGGUCCGACAGGUGUGAGCGAGGAGCAGCAGAAGGAGCAGGAGAGGAGGCGGAGGAGGGAGCUGUACAAGGAGAAGCGGUUUUUCUGCGAGCUGUGUGACAAAGGCUUCCAUCAGAAGCACCAGCUGCUGAAGCACGCCGCGUGCCACCUGAAGCCGUUCCCCUGCAGCUCCUGCGACAAAGGUUUCUACAAAGCGCAGACGCUGCAGCGCCACCUGCUCGCCCACCGUCUCCGCGAGGCGCAGGAGAGCGACCCAGACAAGCUGCUGCGCUGUGACCAAUGCGACAGGAAGUUCAGGCUGCCACGUCAGCUUCGAGCGCACCAGGCCUGUCACCGGCUUGAGAAAACGCCGCUCAAGUGCUACGCAUGUGACCGCACCUUCACCUCCAGUGGGGCGCUGCGAUACCACGAGGUGUCGCACGCCAAAGUCAAGCCCUUCAUGUGCGACGUCUGCGGAAAGAGCUUCACGCGCAAGAAGAGCCUGCGCGAGCACCAGACCGUGCACACCGGGGCACGGCCAUACUCCUGCCAGACCUGCGCCAAGAGCUUCUCCACCGCCAGCAACCUGCGCGUGCACAAAAGGUCGCACUCCGAGGAACGCCCGUACAAGUGCGACGAAUGCGACAAAGCCUUCAAGUGCCGGAUGGGGCUGCUGCAGCACCGUGUGGUCCACUCGGGGGAGAAGCCCUUCACCUGUCCCACCUGUGGCCUGAGCUUCGGCCUCAAAUACAACUUCCAGAGACACCUGAGGCUGCACAGCGGGGAGAAGCCCUUCAGGUGUGAUCAGUGUGGCGAAGGCUUCACGGGGACCUGGGCUCUGAAGACUCACAUGCUCGUUCACGGCGUGGCAAAGCCGUUCAUGUGCGACCUGUGCGGAAAGACGUUCUUCUACAACUGCCAGCUGCAGAAGCACCAGCAGCUGGUUCACGGCAGCGGUGGCGAUCGGGGAAAGUCCGGCGGGGAGGCGGGCAGGCGGCGUUCCACCGGAGUCAAACCGUUCAGCUGUAAAGUCUGUCCAAAGAGCUUCAGCAGCAGCAGCUCGCUGCGCACGCACGAGAAGAGCCACGCCCAAAACAAAGAGUUCACCUGCGACACCUGUGGGAAAGCCUUCCACCUGCGUCACCUGUACCUGUACCACCUGAGGCAGCACAGCGGCGACCGGCCGCACGUCUGCGCCGUCUGUCACAAAGGCUUCCUGCUGGCAUCGCAGCUGAAGCAGCACGAGCUUCUGCACACGGGUGUCAAACCUCACCGCUGCGAGCACUGCGGCAAAGAGUUCAGGACGCCUCAGAACUACCACCGCCACCUGCUGGUGCACACCGGCGAGAAGCCGUACGAGUGCGCCGUGUGUGGCCGCAAGUUCCGCCAGUCCAACCAGCUGAAGUCUCACAUGCAGAUCCACACCGGUGUCAAGCUGUACUCGUGCGAACGCUGUGGGCGGGGCUUCUCCGACUCACGCCAGCUCAAGAAACACCGCUGUGGAGACGGCGAGCACGACUCGCUCGAUUCUGCCAGCAAGCACAGGAAGCAGGCGGACGCGUUCCCAUGGACGCACGAAUAUACGGCACAGUGACGCAGAAACAGGCCAGCGGGAAAACCCAGACAAUUCCCGCUGACUCCACCCCCCGUGACUGUGUGCGGCACAUCAAAUUGUGUUCAGGGGGUGUGUCCAUCCACCUCUUGAAGCCGGCAUUGAUUGGCCGGUUUGUUGCUUUGGGGUUUCUGUUUUUUUAUCCCCUGUUAAAGACACAGGAAAUGUUUGAUCUCUGCUGCAAAACCACCUCGCACUCGCCGGACGCCCCCCCAUGUCUCGGGUUGAGUAGCUGGGCCCCGACAGCAUCUCCAGCCUCAGGAGGUAAAAUGACAACUCUUCUAAACGGACUGUGACUCUCACCUGGCGUCUCACCUGGUCGUGGUGAUUUAAGUUCAGCUGCCAAAAUCAAACAGACCGUGACCUCAGUCGGUGACAGAAGAGGAAUCAGCAGCUCUAAUAAACAUUUAGUUUGUUUCAUCUGUGAAGAAAUGACUUUGCUGUGUUUCGCUGUGUAGAAUAAAACUCCUCCUCCUUUGACUGACGAGCUUUUAUUGGAGCUGCUGCUUCAAAAGGAUUUUUCUGCCCUCGAUAAACGUGAAGUAAUAAUUCAGAUUAAAAUGCAGCUGCAAUGUGUCAAAGGUAAUGUCUACCAAUCAAAUACAUUUUGUACAUUAAAUUCAACGACUUAUGCAGCUAAAGCUAAAACUUACAUGUGAUUAGUUAAAGUCACGCUGUGUGUAUGAGCAGAGUCUUCAUCCAGGAAGUAGGUUCGAAUCAGACAGCUGUGCAGACAUUAAGCACAUACGUGAUUAAUAUCAGUGCAGCUCUUAUGCAACGAUUCUCCAUAGCAACAGGUGAGUAAAGAGCGGAGCUCCCGUUUAAUCCAUGAACGUGAUGUUGAUCUGCAAACAUCAGAAGAGACCAGCUUUAAUCAGACAUUUAUCCAGCUUUCAUUUUCAUUAGUAGAUGAAGCUCAGGAGUGAGAGACAAAUGAUGAAGCUCAGAUUUGACCUUUUGAUUUAAUGUUUAUAGGUAAUGAUCAGCUGACAGGAUGCAGAUGCUGAAGAUAAAUAAAGAGACAGUGUGGACAUGUCUCUGCAGCAGUUAGUACCUACAGUUCAGCAUAUCUGAAGAUGAAACAGAACAUGUGCUAUGACUGCAUUUAGAACCUGUUAGAGUGCUGAACAUUCACAGGACUGUGGAGGCUGCACUGACCUCACUGUCAUAUUCAAAAAACCAGUUUGAGAUGAGCUGUGUGAUCGUGCUGACAGCAGCAUCAGAAAAUGGUAUACCGUGGUCAUAAACCCACAGACGUGGUCAGCAAUAACACUCAGGUAGGCUGUUAAACGAUGUUCAGCUGGUACUGACAAUCUGCCCUACACCAUCCCAUCAGGAGCAGUCUGAGCACCGGUGCAGGCAGGGUGGAUCCAUACUGUCAUCUUUACACCAAACAUUUAAAUUUUGCUGCAGAAAUCAUGAUCAAAUCGGAAAACAUUUUUUCAUUUUGUGGUCCAAUUUUGGAGAGUCUGGGAACUGCAGCCUCAGUUUCCUGUUCAGGUGUUGUAGGGAUUGCAGCCAAUCAUCUUCUCGGAGGAGUGGCUAACAGCUUCACUCUGCUUUGGUGCUUGGCAGAGACAGCAGCUUACCAGGUGGCAGUGAUGGCCAAAUGAAGCUUUCUGAAGCUUGUAUUGAAAAACGGUUCAUUACUCUUUUCAACACAGUCCUCUCUGGUGACAUCUGGUGGCCAAAAAUAUGAAGAGCAGCUUGAAUCCACAAAAUAAAACCGACUGCUUCGUAAUGAUUGCCCACAGAGUGGAGUUCUGUCUGAUAUUGGGCCGCUGCUGUGUUGCUUUAAACGUGUAUUUUGGGGGGUUAAAAAAAUGUGUUUUAUUUGUUUAAUAAAUAAUUAUGACCAGUAAACUCUCCUUGUUUAAACAU